CAGAGCAGUCGCACCUUUCCACCGGCUCCGGACAAUGAGCCGCUCCACUCCCUCUCCCUCACUCCGCACCACACAGACCUGUUUCCCAGGCUGACCGUUGCCUUCUCCUGUUUUUCUUUUCUUUUUUUUUCUUUUCUUUUACUGUUACACAACUAAACACCGUCGGACCCGAGACUUUCUCUCCGUCUAAAUCUGUGAGCUUUAGACUGAGCCUGCAGCAGGACUCUCCCGGUCACACUUCAUUUCGCCACCGGUCGUUCAAGUCGUCGCGUGGCGCCCGGAGGACAGGCUUGAGAAGUGAAUGGUGUGAACAGUGUUGGAAUGCAACAGGAUUAUCAUCUGACCUUAACUCAGAGGAGGCGAAGCAACCAGACCAUUAGAUCACACGUUUUCUGAUCUUUGCUGCACUACAAUGCCUUUGAGGUUACAAUGUCUACGCUGAAGCACGUUAUUCUACAGGAUAAAGACCAGGACACUGAAAAGAAGCUGGACUGGAGUUACAUUGAAUGGGUUGAAAAUGAAGUUGUCACCACAGGUGUGGCAAAUGCACAGACACAAACGGACUGGGGGCCCUUUGAGCACAAGGAGAGUCAGACCAGCAACCCGGUCAUAAUGCACAUAGAUCUCACACGGACACACUCCAAGCUGAGACAUUCGUCUCUGGUGGACACUGAUGGCUUGGUAGCACCUUUCUUCCAGUUUGAUCGGCAGGCCCCAGGCCGCAUCUCCACAUCUCCCACUUUGAGGAGGAUGAGGAGCACCCGGCGUCCUCUGAUAGAUUCCCGGGAUCCGGCGAGGAUGGGGAGCACACAGGAGGAGCCUUCUACAUCGAGCACACCAUCCCCCAUAAGCCCCCUGUCCCCGGGACACAGAGUCAAGUCUCCUCUCGCAGCAAGCCCACUCUCUGAUGGAGAGAUCUGUCACGAUCACCAGCCCAUUUCAUCCUCUGGCCGACAGAGAACCAGAUCACAUAGAUCAAAGACUUUUGACAAUGGUAUCACUCCCACGAGAAAAGAGUGUUGCAGUGCUCAUCCCACUCUUAUUAAAGAUUUUGGAUUUCCUGAUGGUGAAGUACAGGAGAAAGACCACUGCUACUCUAGGCUUCAGGAAAGAAGACGGAGUUCUGUGGUGGUCAGCCUGCCCGGAUUGGAUGUUUCACCAGGAGACCUUUUUGUAUCCAAUGGAGCAGCUGGCAUAUUAAAUGAUACUAAGAAGUCAAAGUGGCCUUUUUCAAGGCGUAGUACGACUAAAGGGAAGUCGCAGACAGGCACAGUGUCAGAUAUCGAAAAAUAUCUCUCAACAGCACAGAUUCAAGACUGGAGAAGCUCGGAACUUCAGAAGUAUAAGGACUACUCUCUGGCGGAGUUCCUGCGGGACCAGUCUUCCCAGGUGAGCGCCGCCUCUGACCCUCAGGGCUUCAAGAGACAAGAGGCCAUCUGGGAACUGUUCACUAGCGAGUGUGUCUACUUCCUGGAUCAGCUCAUGGUUCUCAAAGAGGUGUUUUUGGCUACACUCUCAAACCUGCAGAUGAGGAGCUGCCUGACUGAUGUCGACUCCUGGAGGCUGUUUGCAAACCUCAAUGAGCUUUGCCUGGUGAGCUUUGGUUUCCUGAACAACCUCUUGCGCGUCAUCAAGGACACGUUGGAGAUUACCGAGGGUGGCGGGCCCACCCUGCUGGAGCUGCUGAGCAAGGCUUUCCGGGAGAGCAUAUGUCACUGCCUGCAGAAGUACUGCCUCAACUACUCCACGGCUCUGCUUUAUCUGGACAGCCUGAAGACCAGGGAGGACUUUGGAUCUUACGUGAAGUGGUGCGAGAGGAACGAGCAGUGCCGGAGGCUGCAACUGCGUGACCUGUUGGUGGCACCUUUACAGAGGCUAACGCGAUACCCGCUGUUGUUGCGGAACAUUGCGAAGAGGUAUCAGACGGAGGACGAGACCAGAGGUCUGCAGGCUAUCACAGAGCAAGUGGACACAUCUAUAUGUGAUUUGGAGGGAAAGGUCAAAUGGCUUGAUAACUACCAGAAGGUGAAACAGUUGCGCGAUGCCCUGGUGUGGCUCCCUGUAUGGGAGAGAGACAAGCGGGCCUGCAUCCCUGAGAAUCUGAAGCAUCUCCUAAAGGCUGUCACUCUGGAGAAUCUUAUCUCUCACAGAAGUCUGCUGCACGAAGGCAAACUGGUGCUCACAGAGAACACAAAGCUGAUAGAUGUGUAUCUGUUCCUGUUCGACGAAUUCCUGCUGAUCACAAAGAUAAAGAGGAACAAGAAGAAGUCCAUUGGUCCAGAGCAGAAUCCUCUGAGGCUGCCACAGAACCUGGAGCUGGAUCAGCUGCUGAAGGAGGGCUGCACCUUCACGGUUCUCGACCAGCCCAUUUCUCUGGACCGUCUCCAACUCAAGAACAUUGAUCAGCUAAAUGCCUCAACAUCAGGGCUGCCGCAUUCUUUCAUAAUCAUGCACCAGAACCGCUACCAGCAGUGUAUCGGUGCAUUCAUCCUGCAAGCUGCGUCAGAGUCUGCCAAGAGAGCAUGGAUAUCAAAGAUAGAGGGCGCUGUAGUGGCGCUGCUGAAGCUGGACUCUCAGCAGCCGCGAGUCAAGAGCUCCUCACUGUGGCUGGAGUCUUCACAGAUAUGACGCAUCUAACAGUGCUAGAAGCCAUCUGCAACGUCUUUAUUGUCAAUUGUGCACUUCACUGUCACCCUGAAGUCCUAUAAAAUGACUGUAUUAGCACUAGGAUCAUUUUGUAAACUAAAUGUUUGCCUUUAUAGGCAGCUGCUGCAGUAGUGUACAAUAAAUGUCUGAUUAUGUU